AUGUCUAAUUUCCUGCCAUGCCAGAUCGUGCCUGCUCAGAACCCGAUAUUCGUCGGCACUGGUGAAUCGAGAAGGGAGCUCAGGAGCAACAGCGAGAAGAACCUAGCAUUUAAGCUGGUCUUCCCACCUGGCUCAAAUUUUUCUGCAACUACUCAAUAUGGCACGAUCCCACCAUUUGGCAAGACGACUGUUGUGUUUUCAAGAAACAAGGGUAAAUGUGCAGAAGAGAAGCUGGUCGUUCAAUAUGCUGCGAUGGCCGAUGGACAGACCGAUCCGGCUGCUAGUUUCUCUACUGGCAAUCCGGUUGGAGAUUUUAUUGGAGAAGCAGUAGUUCGAUUAUCGCCAAUUACAUAG